AUGGCCGAUAGCGAUCGUGAUGACAAGCACGAUGUCGAGAUCUCCCAAGCUAGCGAAACCGUGGUGCGGAAAAGGCUUCUGAGGAAGACGGACUUUCUCGUGCUGCCAGGACUAUGCAUCGCCUAUUUCACCAACACGCUUGACCGCGCGAACUUGGGAAAUGCAAAAACGGACGGUCUAGAGACAGACCUUGGUCUGGUUGGCAACCAGUACUCACUUUUGCUUGUUCUCUUCUACGUUCCCUAUGCUCUAUUUAAUGUUCCAUGGACCAUUGCCGCUAAGAGGUUCAAUCCAAAUGUGAUCAUCUCGCUCGCCAUUGGCGUUUGGGGAAUCUGCACCAUGGCAUCGACGGCGGCCACUAAUUUUGGUGGCAUUAUGGCCACGCGCAUUGUCAUGGGCGCAGCGGAGGCCGCCUAUAAGCCUUGCGAGGUGUACUACCUGACGCUGUUUUACACGCGUAGGGAGAUUGGUGUUCGAGUGUCUAUCAUCGGUCAGAUGGGGUUUAUUGCUGGUGCAGUCAGCGGACUCAUCUCCUGGAGUGUAUUCCGUUGGACAGGCGGGUUACAUGGCUGGCAAUAUCUGUUCCUGAUCGAAGGAUCUAUAACUGUAGCUGGCGCAGUCAUCCUCUUCUUCUUCGCCCCUCGAGGUGUACAGGCAAGCAAAUGGUAUUCCCGGGGUGAGAAAGAUCUGGCCAAGAAGCGUCUUGCCGAGGACACUGAAGAGCAGGACAACCGAUUUCGAUGGAACGAUGCCAAGGCACAGCUGCUGCAUUGGCCGACUUGGGCAUAUGCCUUUCUCGCGCUGAUGUAUGGCGUUGGCGUGGCGAGUAGCUCGAAUUUCUUGCCUACUCUCAUCAAACGCCUCACCAAAGACACAGUCAAGGCCAACCUCUACACAAUCGGGCCGAACCUGGUGGCCUCGGUGAUCCAAAUCUCAGCGACAUGGACAUCUGACCGUCUGCAACAGCGUGCCCUCGUCGCGUCCAGCACUAUCGUCGUCUCGCUGCUGGGCUGGAUUCUUCUCGGAACCCUCGACCUCGAGUCCCAUCCUAGUGUAGGCUACUUCUUGACUUUUCUUAUCACAGGUUUCACUUUUAUCCCCAGCAAUAUUAUCCCUGUAUGGCUGGCCUCCAAUGUCCCAACAACAACCGGCCGAGCCGUUGCCCUGGGACUGAACUAUAUGGCUAUGAAUAUAGCGGGUAUUUUCUCUUCGGUGUCGUUUCGCGCACAGGAUGCGCCUGUAUAUGUGCCUGCGCUGGUUACCUGUGGCGUGACCCAGGGCGUAUUCAUGUUGGCCUGUCUGGUUCUGAGGCAGUAUUAUGUCCAUUUGAACAAGAAGCUGGACAGUGGAGAAACACCUUGUGCGCCUGGCAUGGAAGGGCGGCCGGAUUAUCGAUAUGCUAUCUGA